AUGGUAACUGAAAUGGGUUCUGCAUCAAUCGGUGGUAUUAGCCCAGCACUGAGUGCAAAUGCGGCUAAGUCAUUCCUGGAAGCAACCGAUAAGGAGAAGAAGGAGAUGCAGGGCUUGAAUGACCGACUUGGGAACUACAUCGACCGGGUGAAGAAACUCGAGGAGCAGAACCGAAAAUUGGUCGCCGAUCUCGACGAACUGCGUGGUCGAUGGGGCAAAGAUACCAGCGAAAUUAAGGUUCGGCAAUUUCAUCCACACUUAUUUGAGGCUUAA